AUGGAGUCUCCAUUUGGGAAAGUCUUCUAUCUCUCAUCUUUUGCCUUGGGAUCAUUUAUUGCAAAAAGUCUCCUUGACCAGUAUGGCACCCUUCCUUUCCAUCUAUUCUACUCCAGCAUUGAGGUGCAUUCGUAUGACGAAGCGUACAAUUAUCUCAUGUUUUGGUUGAUGAAAGAGCACUUCAAUGAGAAUAAGAGCCAUCUGAUUGCGAGCACGUCUUUGAAUUCUGAGAUGUACGAUGGAAAUGAUACAGAUAAAAGCAGCACCGAUGAUUUGUAUCCAGAUCAGACUGUUGAUGCAGAAUGGAAAGCCUCAUUGGCCAAUACUCGUCCACUUUUAUGGACGCCCUCGACCGGCACGCAUCGCUUCAGGUUCAUGGGUCGAAACCUGGCUCUCACCAGAGAAGUGGAAGAGCGUGGCACAGUGGUCUACACAAGGACGGAGAAGCUGCGGAUCUCAUGUCUAGGGUGGGAUUCAUCAGCCUUGAAGCAGCUGAUGCUGGAAGCCCGACUGGAAUUUUCGCAGAAAGAAAAGGGCAAAACCGUCAUAUACCGCGGCACUAAAAGAUACGAAGAGUUUAUAUGGACGCGAUCAACGUCUCGUCCCGCCAGACCUCUAUCAACCGUCCUGCUUGAGGAGGAUCGAAAGCAUGAUUUCAUCCAAGACGUGCAACAAUACCUUCAUCCCGCCACGAUGAAAUGGUACGGUGAGCGAGGCAUUCCCUACCGACGAGGCUAUCUUUUCUAUGGCCCUCCUGGUACUGGAAAGUCCAGUCUGGCCUUCGCCGCUGCUGGAUUUCUUGGGUUAAACGUUUAUAUCCUGAAUCUUGGCUCCCAGCAGCUCACGGAAGACGCCCUCGCCCAGCUAUUCCAGGAUCUGCCACGCAGAUGUUUGGUGCUCCUCGAAGACAUCGACUCCAACGAAGUCACCAGCCGUCGGACCAAAAAGAAGCGAAAAGGUCGGAACAAUCUGACACUUUCUGCUUUACUCAACCUUAUCGACGGAGUGGCUGCUCAAGAAGGCCGCGUUCUGAUCAUGACCACCAAUCACCAUGAGCACCUGGACCCAGCGCUCAUUCGACCUGGCCGUGUGGACUUCCAGCUUGAGUUCAAGCUUACGAAUCGCUCUUUAACAAUGCAAAUGUUUCAAAAUAUCUUCUGUAGCCCACAUCCGAAUAUCGAUUUACAAAAUAAAUACAAUCAAAACGAAUUGGCCCCCUUGAAUCAACGAGAUAUUUGCAAGUUUCCGACUUCCAAUGGCUCUUUGAAUGUAUACGAUCCCCCAAGCCUUUCGGAUGCGGAUAUCGAUGAACUGGCUAGAGCGUUCGGAGAGACAAUCCCCGAGUAUACUUUCUCUCCCGCUCAAAUUCAAGGCUUCUUACUGGGAUACAAAACAUCUCCCGAGCAUGCUAUCGCAAAUGCAGAGGCAUGGGUCCAGAAGACGCGAAAUGAACAGUCGCAACGGGUUGUCGGAGAGGUGGAGGAAAUUCAAGGGGAGUCCAACCCAGUUGAGGACCAAAAGGAGUCAGAUAUCAGUGGAGAUGAAUCGGGAGAUCAGGAAUCGUCCGACGACGACGAAGAAGACGCGACACAAUCAGCGAGGGGCUGCUAG